UUCCGUCCUCUCUCUCUCUCCCAUCCUUUUAACUUUGCGCCUUUAAAAGGCAAUGAAGUAAUAGAGCGGGAACGCGUCCAGCACCUAUGCUUUCCUCUACCUGAGCGCCUCUACCUGAGUACCCUUCCCUUUUUAUAGGUCACUUACCUUCCCUUUCACUCCAUCUCCAUCUCUUUCGAGAUCUGUGCCAGUUUUCUCCUCUCUGAGUCUCCUUUUGGAACCAGACCUGGAGCCAGAACUUGAACCAGAACAGCUUGCAGUUAUGGUUCCACCAAUUGAAACUCCAAACAAAACUUAUGAUGCUCAUCAUGCCCCACACCCUCCUCUAAAUGAGAGGAUACUUUCAUCCAUGACGAGGAGAUCUGUUGCUGCACACCCUUGGCAUGAUCUUGAGAUUGGACCUGGAGCUCCAACUAUGUUCAACUGUGUGGUUGAAAUAGGGAAAGGAAGCAAGGUGAAAUAUGAACUUGACAAGAAAACUGGAUUGAUUAAGGUUGACCGUGUGCUUUACUCAUCAGUUGUGUAUCCUCACAACUAUGGCUUCAUUCCUCGUACUCUUUGCGAGGACAAUGAUCCCAUGGAUGUCUUGGUUAUCAUGCAGGAGCCAGUUCUUCCAGGAUGCUUUCUUCGGGCUAAAGCUAUAGGCCUCAUGCCUAUGAUUGAUCAGGGUGAGAAAGAUGACAAGAUAAUUGCUGUUUGUGCUGAUGAUCCCGAGUACCGACACUACAAUGAUAUCAAGGAGCUCCCACCACAUCGUUUGGCUGAGAUCCGUCGUUUCUUUGAAGACUACAAGAAAAAUGAGAACAAGGAAGUGGCGGUCAAUGACUUUCUGCCUGCCUCUGCUGCCUAUGAAGCAAUCCAGUACUCCAUGAACCUCUAUGCGGACUACAUAGUGGAGAGCUUGAGGCGGUAGUCGUUUAUGCGAGUAAUACCAUUCUGGGAUGCGAUGCUUUUACAAUGUGAAGUCAUUGUUAUAUAAGUUUUUUCUUUGUUCCAAAAAACUUCUAUAUCUUGCUGCGCGAUGUGCAUGCGUUCUUCACGAAUGUGUGCUAAUACUACCAACACCAAAAUUGUUUUGUUGUGAUGUUUAUGACAUAUAUUGAAUUACUUUUGUUGUAAUGAAUACCAUAGUGAGGGAAAAAUUCUGUUCGGAGA